UUAUAACAUUAUGAAAAAACUGUAAUCGCACGUGCCUCCUAACAUCUGUGUGUAAAGGCCUCAAUAAAUAUUGCUUAACCCUAGGGCUAUAGUUCUCUCAUACAGUCGAACCCUCUCUGUUUCACUUCUCUCCGAAACAACAUCAACACACUCGUAGUCAUCAAUGGCAGUCGCAUUCUACAACCUUGGCUCUGCUGCUGGCCUAAAGAAACUCGAUGAGUACCUAUUAAGUCGCAGUUACAUUUCUGGGUAUCAGGCUUCCAAGGAUGAUAUCACUGUUCAUGCUGCUAUUUCAAAGGCUCCAUCAGCAGACUACGUGAACGCGUCUCGUUGGUACAACCAUAUCGAGGCUCUUUUGAGGAUUUCUGGUGUGGCUGGUGAAGGUGCCGGUGUCGUCGUGGAGGGAUUUGCUCCCAUCACUGAGGCAGUUGCUACCCCACCAGCAGGUGACUCAAAGGCCUCUGCUGCUGACGAUGACGAUGAUGAUAUUGAUUUGUUCGGAGAAGAGACCGAGGAGGAAAAGAAGGCUGCUGAAGAACGUGCAGCUUCCAUCAAGGCAUCUACAAAAAAGAAAGAGUCUGGAAAGUCAUCAGUUCUGUUGGAUGUGAAGCCAUGGGACGAUGAGACAGACAUGAAAAAGCUUGAAGAGGCAGUCAGAAGUGUCCAUUUGGAUGGUUUGCUUUGGGGAGCAUCCAAACUUGUAGCUGUUGGGUAUGGUAUUAAGAAAUUGCAGAUAAUGCUCACCAUUGUGGACGAUCUUGUCUCUGUUGACACACUCAUUGAGGAACGUCUUACAGUUGAACCAAUUAACGAGUAUGUCCAGAGUUGUGAUAUCGUAGCCUUCAACAAAAUAUGAUCUGAGUUCGUUGUGAUUUGCUGCAGGGAGAGUUUGUCAUAGGGAUGAAGAUCUUUAUUUAUUGUGCCUGUGUUUAAAUUUUCAUAUUCCUAUUUUGUUUUCUUGGGAUAUGAUCUAAAGUGUUUUGUCAUAUUCUGGAUUUAUAGUCCUAGUAAUGUGGAUUUUGCAUAUGCGAUUGUUAUGAUCAACUUAUUUUCUAAUAA